AGUUUUUCGCAGUUGGAAAAAUAUAUUUGUCAGUCAAAUUUUUGUGGUUAACAGCGUGUGUGUAUGUGUUCGUGUAAAGUUAUUUUAACUUCAUUGAGACAUACGACCAGUUAAAAAGAAGGGAAAAGCUUCCAACACAUACGCACCACAACGACAUUGUACCUCUAACCGCGCUCGCGUAGGCAAUCUAUUCAACAAAGGGAAGAAGAAGACAAAUACUGCAUUGUGUGUGUGGUGUGCCUUUCGUAGUCACCGCCGCAGUUGCCAUAAGCAAGGAAAUCAAAUUUUGUGUUUAGUGUUUGGAAUCUUAAGCACUUCUUCACUUCUCUGCCUCCUCAUUUUGGCAUAAAGCCGCACAGUUUUUAAGAAAAAUUUCUUUAAUAUGGGAAAAAAGGAUAAAAAUAAGGGAGAGGCGGAUCCAGCACCAGCAUCUGAUGCUCCUCCAGCUGAUGGAGCACCAGCCGGUGAGGGUGGAGAUGGUGAGAUUGUUGGAGGACCACGUAAUCCCCAACAAAUUGCGGCACAAAAACGACUGCAACAAACGCAGGCACAAGUUGAUGAGGUCGUUGAUAUAAUGCGAACAAAUGUUGAGAAAGUGCUCGAAAGAGAUCAAAAACUAUCUGAAUUGGAUGAUCGAGCCGAUGCCUUACAACAAGGUGCUUCGCAGUUCGAGCAACAAGCUGGCAAACUCAAAAGGAAAUUCUGGUUGCAAAACUUAAAGAUGAUGAUAAUUAUGGGAGUAAUUGGUCUUGUUAUAGUUGGAAUUAUUGCAAGUAACUUUAUGUAGAGUGCUAGUGUUUUCGUAUAUUCCAAAAUUCGAAUAUUCGUUCGAUAUAUGUAAUAGAAAAAAAUCAAUAAUUAUUUAAAAAAUCACAAAUAAUAUUUAUCAACAAAUCAUUUGUACGAAAUGCGCGAAAAUCUGACCAUAGUCGGUCAAAAGUCAGUUCAAGGAUACCAUAAACCAUGAGCAUAAAAAUUUAUCAAUGGAAAAAGUGCAAAUUUUUUCAAAUUCAACUAACAUCGAAAUUUUUUUAGAAAAAAAAUAUAUCAUAAAAUAUUGAAACAAAAUCCAUGAAUCGAAAGAAAGCAUCUCCAUUAAACUACUUUGACGCUAAUCGGUUAAUUAAUAUUAUUAAAAAUAAAAUAAAUUAAAAAAUUUUGAAAAUUUGAAAAUUUGCAUUGACAAAGUAAAAAAGAUAAGCCAUCAAGUGUCCAUCAUCAUCGUCAGGUCACACCAGGUUCGAUAUAAAAAUCAAUUCAAUGAAAAAUAUUGUUAAUUUAAAU